GAUUGGUGAUAGCGGCGUGUUCAAACUAGCACGGGGCGCCGCGAUUGGCUCGCGGGCCGCCGCGGCAGGCCGGGCUCCGUCGUCGCUCGCGGGAGGGUUAUUGUCUGGCGGCUCCUGAGGCGGCUCCAGCGCGGGAUCGGCACCGGGGCUCGGCGGCACCAUGGCUGGUGGGAAGGCGGGAAAGGACAGCGGGAAGGCCAAGGCCAAGGCGGUGUCCCGCUCGCAGAGAGCCGGCCUGCAGUUCCCCGUGGGCCGGAUCCACAGACACUUGAAGACUCGCACCACGAGCCACGGGCGAGUGGGAGCCACGGCGGCCGUGUACAGUGCUGCCAUCCUCGAGUACCUCACCGCAGAGGUGCUGGAGCUGGCGGGGAAUGCCUCCAAGGAUCUCAAAGUGAAGCGGAUCACUCCCCGGCACCUGCAGCUCGCCAUCCGCGGGGAUGAGGAGCUCGAUUCCCUGAUCAAAGCCACCAUUGCCGGCGGAGGUGUCAUCCCCCACAUCCACAAGUCGCUGAUCGGGAAGAAGGGCCAACAGAAAACAGCGUAAAGAGGGCAGGAGGAGAAGCAGCCGCUCCCUCCCGCCGCCGCCCUGUGCCCGGGACACGAGGAAUGUGGGGGGUUCAUAAGGAAUAGGUGAAGGCAGAGCCCAGGGACGGGCCUGCAGGAGGAGGAGGAGGAGGGAGCAGCGC